AUGUUUCUGCUCCUUCCAAUUUUUCUUCCCUUUGUUCUUUCCGAUAGAUAUGUCAGUCAGCUACUAGAAAGCUUGCUGAUGGAUUACAACAGAAACGUUCGACCAGUCAAAAAUGCUUCGGACCCGAUUCAAGUCAAGUUCGGAGCCAACUUAUGUCGUCUGAUUGACGUGGAUGAAGUAAAUCAAGUGUUAACAACGAGUCUCUGGUUAGAAAUUCAAUGGAAAGAUCGAAAGUUAGUGUGGAAUCCUAAAGAUUAUGGUGGAAUAGACAAUAUUCAUAUUCCGUCAGAUCAAAUUUGGAUUCCAGAUAUUGUCCUUUAUAACAACGCCGAUGGCGAACCACAUAUCAACCUCGUCAGCUUGGUUCGAGUGGACUCCGGUGGAAAUGUUCUCUGGCAACCGCCAUCUAUUUAUAAAAGCGUUUGUCAUGUAUACAAAAUGGAGUUGUUGUGCUGA